AUGGCAGACCUCCCCGACUUUGACGCCCUCCGGGGCAGGCACCUCGGCCUAAUAGGGGUCAUCUCCAUGGGGGACAUGGGAAGCGGGGUCGCGCGGUUGCUGAUGGCGCAUAAUUAUGCUGUGUUGACCAAUGUUUCCGACAGGAGCGAGGACACCAAAUCCCGCGCGCUCUCCGCCGGCGCCGUCCUCCUCCCCUCUGACGAGUUACUAGUCGACCACUCGGACCUCAUCCUGUCCAUUGUCCCCCCUGCCGAAGCCUACUCGACCGCGGAGAGGGUGGUGAAAGCGUGGGAUAGGAAGGAGACGGAGCUGGUUUAUGCUGAUUUGAAUGCUGUCUCCCCUUCUACCCUGCUGUCCAUCUCCUCCCUUUUCACUGGUGUCAAAUUCAUCGACGGCUCCAUCCUCGGCGGCCCCCCCUCUUUUGUCGAUGGCAGUUGGACGAAACCGAUCAUCCCCACCUCCGGCCCGUUUUCUCUCUCGGAUAUCUUCCCUGGCCUCGGUGAGGUCCUCGGGGAAAAACAAAUCUCCCCCGAACUAGGCCAGGCAAGCGGCCUGAAAAUGGUCUUCGCCUCCUUAUCAAAAGGUUACGCGGCCGUGGCACUCCAGUCAGUGACCACCGCUCACCAGUUGGGCGUCCUACCCGAACUAUUGGAGUCGGUCAAUGAACUCCAGGGUGAGGCAGCGGGGAAGAAACUGGAACAAGCUGUUACUGGGCUGGCUCCCAAGGCGGGCAGGUGGGUUAGGGAGAUGGAGGAGAUUGGAAAGACUCAUAGGGAGAAUGGAAAUUGGGAAGAGUGGGAGGGGAUUUUCGAGGCUGCGGCGAAGGUAUAUGAGCUUGUGGCGAAGGGGACGGUGUUGGGAGGGGAAAGGAUUGGGAAGAGGGAAAGGGGGACGACGGUGGAGGGGGUUGCUGAGGCGGUGGGGGAGGGGUUGGGGAGGAGGAAGGAGAAGGAGGAAUGA